AUGAAUAGUCAAUCAAUUGUUAACUAAUUGGAAGAUAAAGUAUAAGAAUAUCUUUAAGGGGUUUAAUAAUAAUUAGAUGUAAGUUAAUAUAUUGGAUGAUUAGUCCUCUUUCAACAGAAUUGAAGCUUUUCUUGAUUAAAUUCCUCCUCCUCCUUAUCCACCUGUUCCUUAGAAUAAUGUUAACUUUGUACUACCUGUUAUUUAAAUAUCUUAACCAUUAAUACUAACAUUAGCUAAUUAAGUGAUUCAGGAAAUCAAACCUCUAAUCAAUUUAACUAUUCAUAAUUAAAUUAAAUAAACUCAACCUUAACAAAUACAACAAUAGAAAAUAGAAUAACCUAUAAUAAUCAACAAUCCUCAAUAAUUCAAUUUAAUGCCAUUCACUUAUUUUUAUUAAAGGAUAAAUCAAUUAGAUAAAUUGAAUAUUGUAGAGCAAUAGCUAUUAAUAAAGAUAAUUCAAUUGUAUUAGUUGGAUGUAAUAAGAUAAUUAAAGUAUUUGAAUUCAAAUUAGAAAAAUUGAAAAAAACUCAACGUUUAAGCUAUCAUCCAAGUGAUGUUACAACUUUAAAUUUUAUUUAGAAAUAGAAUCAAUUUAUAUCUGGGAGUGGGAAUGGAUAGAUUAUAAUAUGGUCAAUGAAUGAAAAUAGUUAAUGGGCAUGCUAAUAAAAAUUAAAUAAUCAUUCUAAUUUUAUUAAUUAUUUAAUAAUAAACAAUAAUGAAGAUGUUAUGAUAUCUGGAAGUGAUGAUAAGACAAUUAAAUUUUGAUAAAAGUAGUAAUAGCAUUUGUAUGUUCAUAAACGAUUUCUGAUCAUACAAGAUAUGUAUUAGGAUUAAGUUUGAAUGAUGAAAAGAAUAGAGUGAUAUCUUAUGGAAAUGAUAAUUUAAUAUUAAUAAUAGAACUGUCAUUCUAGGAUUAAAAAUGGAAUGUGAUAUAAAAGAUAUCAGUUGAACAGAAAGGUCGUAGAUUAUGUUUUAAAAGUGAUAAUGAAUUUCCAUUCCAACCUUAAUGCAAAGAGUAGAUGCAUGUUUAUGAGAUGAGUAGUAUUAAUAAAUAGUAUUCAAAAACUAAAGAAAUUUAUGUCAAGAAUGGUUUUAAUAGUUGUUCAUAUUUGUUUCCUUAAUAAUAUAUAAAGUAGAAAUGUCUGGUUGUGAAUAAAAAUGGAUAUAAUGAUAAUUUAAUAAGGAAAAACCAAAAUGGUGAUUUUAUAACACAUUAAUCUAUUGAUUUUGGAUAUACUGAUAUAUAUGGAUAGAUGAGUGAAGAUGGAGAGUAUUUGAUAACUUGGGAUUAAAAAUCAAAGGAAAUUUAAAUAAGAAAAUAUCACUAAGUAUGA